AUGUAUCCUACCCAUCAGGACGGCCUGUCUCGAGCAGCACGGAGUAUCCGUCGACGUCCAGACGAACAGGAUAGACCCUCGACGGAACAGACAGCCUCGCAAGGUACUCUUGGCUCAUCUAGCAAUUCUGAACACGAGUUAGAUCUUGAGUCUGGCUUUGAGCCCAAUACAACGUCACCACGAAAUCGGUUUUCCUUUGAAGUCGCUUUCAACUCUGAAACCGAGCCUGGAGAUGAGCCUGGAGAUGAGCCUGAAAGCUCAGCUACGGCAGAGCAGCGACCUGGACCUUCUUCGCAGGGGCAGCCUAGAGGUUGGGGUGCAGCUGAACUACUGCUUACACAACUCGGGUUUACUCGGCGUCACUCUCCUCCUGUACGGCCUUCAAGUCCUAUGCCCCAACAUCGUGAAAUCGAAGACCGCGAACAGGGGCCCGUUCCACUCGAGAUAUAUAGGGGGCGACCUCGCCCAGCGAGUUUUCCCGCGGCCAGACGCGCAUUAUCUUCCCCUCCGAUGGAGCGGGAGCCUCGCGAGGAUAACGAAGCAGAGUCCCCUGACUCCGUAGUCACGGUUAUACGUAGUUUUCGGAAUUCCGCCCCCCCUGUGUUGAUCAACACUACUACGGACGAGAACAGCUCGAACAGGGGCACUCGCAAUGGCGAAUCCGUGCCAUCUCUCACUUUUUCUGGUGACACGGCAUCUCGGAGGAAUUCUGGUGUUGGUUUCCAGCGGCCAUCAGUGCCUGCUCAGACUGUCACCGUCAGUGAUGAAGCUGCCUCCCCCACGCCCCAAUAUAACGGCAAUAGCAGUGCCAUCGCCGAAGAAGCUCCAUCUAACCCUACGGGAGCUCAUAGCAGACCUUCAAGACCUGUUUCGUCGCCUCCCCAAGCUAGACAUUUGAAUGGCGGGUCUCCUCCCACUGCUGUGGACGCUCAAGCCCGCGGUCUUCGAGGCAGGCAUUCCGUCGGGGUGUUUCCUCCGACGGGUACUGCUAUUGAUCAUCCGUCUAAUUCUAGGCCACGUAUACAGCCCCUGGAUGCAGCUGUUGUCAGCCCUGCGUCGUCACCCCCGCGAGCCCGUGCUUCUAACGCUGAUCAGAUUAGGCGAAGCCAUCAACCCAUUCGGCUUGACCCGUACAGUCGAGGUGACGAGUCAAGUCGCCCCGGCCAGGCUACUCGGUCUACUGAACCCAGCCGUACUGAUCAACAUGCCAUCGCGAUUCGGCCCCGUGGACCUACGCUGGUUACCCAAGUCAAUGGAGUUGUCGAUAGCACUCUCAAUAGUCAAAAUGUCCAGGCAAAUCAUGUUCGCCAGCCUGCUCCAACCGCACAGGUCAAUGGAGUUAGAAAUGGUAAUCAAGAUUUUCGAAAUUUCCGGGCGGGUUGGGCUCAUCGGCCUACUGCACAUGUACGGGGGGGUGGAAUUGUUGUUGGUGGUAGCCCAGUCACUCAAAAUACUCAACCUAGACAGGUGAAUGGAAUCAUAGAUAGCAACCAAAAUAGUCAAAAUUCCCAAGCGAAUCACGUUCGUGAACCUAGGCAGACUAACCAGGUCAAUGGGAUUAUUCAUGAUAAUCAAAAUAAUCGAAAUGUCCGAACGAAUUACAAUCGUUGGCCUGACCAGCUUGCCCGGGCUUAUGGGGUUAUUCAAGAUGCACAAGCAAUCAGAAAUCGUCGAAGCAGGGAAUUAACUCUGGAGGAAUCAAUCAAUAUACCUAGACUUCGUGAACGUCCUUCUAGAGGAGUUCUCACGCAUCCCGAGGACUGGUUAGAGGGGCCAACCAUAUCAGCAUUAUCGAUCACUCCAGCUGUCAUAUCAAGCGCACACUGGCUAAUAGACACCAAUGCGGAACCACCUGCUUCUCAAACAAACAGAGAAAACAGACGGGUUUUCACCGGAAUCAACGACCUCCCCGGGCCUGGUCCGACUGGUUAUACCCAAUUUGCGCCUUUCGACGUGCUUCGUCGAGACCCGAGACGCCGGCCUGUGACUGGUGGCCAACCCCAGCCCCUUUCCCCUUUAAUCGAUAGCACACCAGCGCCGCCCUCGUCUCCGACAGGCACAGGAGAUCCCAAUACUCUUAGACGGCAAGCCAUUGCGCGACGCCUCAGGGAUCGACUCGCCCCUCGUCUUCAGGAUAUUCACGAAUCCUCGGGAUUACGAGGGGGUGGGGCAAAAAGGGUUUCUUUUUUCCAAUCCGUCCUUCCCGCUCAGGCUCGCCCAGCACAAAUUGUAAGAGAAGAAAGCAAGCAAAUCCAAGUCGAGCCAGAACAAGCUCAGGAACCAGCCCAAGAACAAUCUCAGGAACCAGCCCAAGAACAAGCUGGAUCAGAACAGACUGAUUCACGAGUUGAAACAACUCAAACUGAACGGGAAUCUGUGCGGACUGAACAUGAACAGGCUCAGCCAGCACAAACUCAGCAGGCUCAGCCAGAUCAGCCAGAUCAACAGAGACGGCAAACACAAACACAAGCACAAGCACAAGCACGGGCUCAACAAGACCAGGCUCAGUCAGGCCCAUCUCAGCCGCACCAGCAGGAUCAGCAAAACCAACUGCAACAAUCGCCCCCCUUCGGCGUCAUGCUUCGCCCGGGUGGCGCGUCUUCGUGGUUCAGAUUGGCCAUCUGGGCUCUAAACGUCGUCGGAACGCAAAACCAACAACGGGGACAAUUACCACCCACGCCACCGCCAUCACCGCCACCAUCAUCAUCAACAUAUUCUUUUUCAUCGUCAUGGGCAGCGGCACCAGCACCAGCAGCGGCACCGGCAGCGGCACCGGCACGAGCACCACCAUCGAGCAACAGCUUCGACGUCGACUGCUCGCGCCCGAACCUCGCCUGGUUCCGGUUGUGGAAGCGAAACCUCCGCGACACCUGGGCCACCACGAGCUGGCAUUGGCGCGCCGCUUUUUUUGUUUGCCUGUCGAUCCUGCUCACUGUUAUCAUAGUCUCUUCGGUUGUGCACUUUCCUGGAAGGGAGUGGAGACGGACUAUGUGA